GGAAUUUAAAAAUUAAACAUUUUGAAGGUUUUGAAGGGUUACAAAAAUGAGCUUUUUUCUUGGAUAUUACCUAAUUGAAGCCGAUUUCCCAAAAAGUGACCAUUUUUUAAAUGGACAAAAAUGUGACCAAGAAGGUCACAUAUAUGAAAAAACAUGAUGUCACUGUUUUUUAUAUCACUGACUGAUAUUUAUGUCACUAUUGUGUGUCACUAUUGGAUUUUUAUGUCACUUUUGAUGGUCACUAUGAUCGUCGGAAAAUUUUCCAGCAACCUUUUCCGGCGAAACUGUACAUCACCCAUCAGCGCCCCCCGACCACAUUAUUCAUGUCAUUGUAGUUUUUUCGUGUCACUAUGAUUUGUCACUACCAUUUUUCAUGUCACUUUCAGAUGUCACUAUCUCGGGAAACGUGUCACUGUGUCAUCGGAAAAGUUUCCGACGACUUUUUCCGGCAUCUGAUCCGAUGCCGCCCUUCCCACCGCCCUCUCAACCACUUCCGACCACUGCCCUGUCUCACUAGCCUCACAACUCCCUUUCCAAUCCUGCACCUAGCUCUGUAUCCGGGCCCAUCAGCCCUCCCCUGCCUCGCCUAUCACCGCCAGAACGGCCUCGGCCCCUCCGCUGACCACCAUCACGCUUUGCUACUGCCCCACACUCAUCGUAGCCUCAGCCACUACCCAAAAUCAAACCCCUUAUACUGCCCUUGCUCUAUACUGCUCUUGUUACUUCCCAACCCUUCCUUGAGCUCCAGGCCUAGCCUUCAUUAUCAUAUUGUGAGAGCACUGAAAGGGUUGCAACCGCCGUCGUCAAAUUUGAAACCCUAUAAGCUGAAAUCGACCAAAACACUCGUUGAAAUCAAUCAAAACCGACGUCGUUGGAGCAGAUCUGGAGGCUGUCGAAAAGAUUUGUCAUUGUCGCACCUAUCACCAUCGCAGGACUUCACCUAAAUCUAUGGAAUCGCCGUCGAGUUUGAAACAUUGCAGGGAUAAGAAGAUCGAUAUGUGAAAUAAGGUUGGCGAGAAGGAAAAGGAGAAAUUGGAGGAGAGACUCAUAUCUGCGGCGGUGGCGGUGAGAGAUGGUAGAAGAAGAGGCGGAGGAGUGAAGGGAGAUGUUUGCCAGAGAAGAAGGGAAAAUGUGGAAGUAAGGGAGGAGGUUGGCUGCAUAAGGUUUGAUGCGCAGGAGGGGGUGAGGUGUUUGGAAGAAGAGUCUUGGACGAUUGGGGACGAAUGAGAGAAAUAGGUAACUUUUCUGGAAUUUUUUAAAAGAGUUAUAUUUUUGUCCAAUGAAAGUUGAGGAGUAAUAUCUAUGUAAUUCUUUCUACAAAAAUCCUCCAAAACUACCCUCCAAUUUUUUGAAGGGUCAUAAAGCCUGUUGACCUUCGUCUCCCUUCCGAAACCACAUCCAAACACACCUAAGCAAAUAGCACAGCUUUUAGAAUUGGGUUACCUUUGGUUCUUACCCACUCUUGUCCAAUUAUCUGAACCACUAAACGGCAUGAAACACGGGCGGCAGGGACGAAUUGACUCAGACAAUAUCCUAGUUCUUCCGGAUCUGGGAAGGAGGCGUGAAGAGGAAUCAAGCUCCAAUUGAAUUACCCUCCCUCUCCAUUGUUUUCCCUCUAUUUUGUUCAAUAUAUCCUCUCUGCUCAUUCAUCUCCCGCAACAGCGAAGCCUCUAUUAAAUCGAAAACUGAGAUGGGGCUCUGAGAGUCGCCUGCCGCUUCGAGUGAGUGGACGAUCAAUAACAAUGGGCGCAUGCUGCACUAACUUCUUUCGCGACACGUGGGACCGCUUCUUCGACCGCUGUACUCGCUUCCUGCCCUGCUUAUCUGAUCCUGCUCGGAGAUCAACAUUCUGCUUGCAGUUAAUUCUGGUGGUGCUGCACGUGGUAUACGUGGGCUUUAUAUUGGUGUUCAAUAGAGAGUUACUUGAGACAACCCGAGUAGAACCCUGGUACAUUGCAUUAUACUUGUUGUUGCUCAUUGCCACUGUGGUUCAAUAUUUCAUCACUUCUUCUUCAUCUCCCGGGUAUGUUAUUGACGCAAUGAGGGCGGUUGAUGAGGCAGGUGCCUUGUGUGAUAGCACAUCAGGGAUCUCGAACAAAGACAACCUGCUUCAAGCAAAAAUGGCAGUGUAGUUAUUACAAUUGAUAGGAAGCAGUUAGAAAAACAUCUCUUAGGCGGUAAUGCAACACCUUGGACAAAGCUAGUCAUGGAUCUGUAUCCCCACGGAUCAUCUUUAAGAACUUGGACUUGUACCUACUGUCACAUUUUGCAGCCUCCUCGAGCUAAACACUGUCAUGAUUGUAACAAAUGUGUUCUUGAGUUCGAUCAUCAUUGUGCGUGGCUUGGGACAUGUAUUGGGAAGGGAAACCAUUGCCGUUUUUGGUGGUACAUAUUUGAGGAGACGAGUUUGUGCAUCUGGACUGGCAUUUUAUACAUUCAGUUCCUUAAAUCGAGUAUAUCAAAGGCAUGGUGGACGUAUGCAAUUGUGAUUCUAUUGCUAGCUUUCUUGUCAAUCUUCUUUAUAUUCUUGCUUCUCCUACUACUUUUUCACAGCUACCUUGUUUUAACAAACCAGACAACUUAUGAGCUUGCUCGACGGCGAAGGAUACCAUACUUGAGGGGGGUACCUGAGAGAGUGUUUCCCUUUAGUAGAGGGGUUUGUAGAAAUGUGUUCUUCUUCUGUUGUGACCGCAGCAGGGAGAUGUACAGAAUGGAACCCCUGCCAACGGCAAUGGAAAUAGAAGAGAAGUCAAAACCUUAUACUUGUUCAGAUGUCAUGUCUUGCCGGUGUUGCUGUUAAUGAUUUGGCCCAUCUGCCCGCCCAUUAGGGGUAUAGCGUUUGAAGGACAUGACAUGCAUCUAUUGUGCAUUUUUUAAGACCGGAGUCAAGGAAACUGCUGAGCAUUGGCAUCUGGCAAAUGGUUAGUUGCGGUGGCUUUUGGCAGUUUGGAAGUUUUCACCAUUGAUGGUGUUACUGUUGUAAUGUACACUAGUGUAUGCUUGUCAACUAUUUAAUUCAAUUAAUUAUUAAAAUGUUUAUGGGUGAAAAGUGGACAAUUUAGUGCAGCGUAAGAUACAAGUUUGGACAAAUGUUUACUUUGGUAUAAGAUACAACUUACAAGGUUAAAAUGACAUAUCUAGAGUCUAGACAACAUUGUUUGCUGAACAUGUUAUUGCAGCAAUUCUGUUUUGAAAUUAGUGCUGGAGAAAAGCUAAAUUAAAUCAUUGAUUACAGACUUUGCAGUAUCCCCAUGAUUAAGCUUUUCCCACAUUGCAAAUUAAU